CACACGCACAGAUUCUGGCUAGAGCCGCCCUCGGUGUCAGUGGCCCGACUCCUGCGUCCGCCCCAGCUGCCUACUCGCCUCAGCACCUGUCGCUCGGUGUGUCCCGGAGCCGGCGCCCCUUACUCCGUCGGGGCCAGGGAGUGCCAUGGUUUCCCUGCCCAGGCACCCUGCGACCAGCUUGCUGCGGUUUUUGUUCCUGGGGCUGAGUACCCUCGCGUCCCCCUCACAGGCCCAGCUGGAGCUCCACGUGCCCUCUGGCCUCACCAGGUUGAAGGCAGUGGAAGGAUCAGAAGUGGUGCUCCCAGCGUGGUACACUGUGCAAGGACAGGUAUCUUCGUCCCAGCGGUGGGAGUUGCUCACGGUGAUGUGGUUCUUGGAGCAAGAAGGGAAGGAUCUGAACCAGGUGCUGGCGUACAUCAGUGGGACCACGUCAAGCAAAAGUGGGGUAUCCUUGGUCUACUCCAUGCCUUCCCAGAAUGUGUCACUGCGGCUGCAGGACCUCCAAGAGAAAGACUCUGGGUCCUACCGCUGCUCAGUGAAUGUGCAAGACCACCAAGGCAUCAAAAGGAGCCACAGCAGCAAAACUUUAGAACUCAGUGUGCUGGUUCCUCCAGCUCCUCCAUCCUGUGGUCUCCUGGGUGUGCCCCGUGUGGGGACCAAUGUGACCCUGAGCUGCCAGUCCCCGAGGAGUAAGCCAGCUGCCCAGUACCAGUGGGAGCGGGCACCCCCAUCCGCCCAGGUUUUCUUUGCACCAGUUUUAGAUGCCAUCCGUGGAUCCUUAAGCCUCACAAACCUUUCCAGUCCCAUGUCUGGAGUCUAUAUCUGCAGGGCCCACAAUGAGGUGGGCAGUGCCCAGUGCAAUGUGACCUUGGAAGUGAGCACAGGGCCAGGGCCUACGGUUGUUGCUGGAGCUGUUGUGGGCACUCUGGUUGGACUGGGGCUGCUGGCUGGGCUGGUCCUCUUGUACCAACGCCGAAGCAAGGCCCUAGAGGAGCCGGCCAAUGAUAUCAAGGAGGAUGCCACUGCUCCCCGGACCCUGCCUUGGCCCAAGGGCUCAGAUACAAUCUCCAAGAACGGGACCCUUUCCUCUGUCACCUCAGCACGAGCCCUCCGGCACCCCCAAGGUCCUCCCAGGCCUGGUGCACUGACCCCCACGCUCAGCCUCUCCAGUCAGGUCCUGCCCUCACCCAGGUUGCCCAGGACAGAUGCGGCCCAACCUCAGCCAAUAUCCCCCAGCCUUGGUGGAGUCUCUUCCUCUGCUCUGAGUCGCAUGGGUGCUGUCCCUGUAAUGGUGCCUGCCCAGAGUCAGGCUGGGUCUCUGGUGUGAUGGUCCAGCCACUUAUUACCCAAGCCAUCUGGUUUCUCUCCUUCCUAUAAGGGUCAGCCCUAGCUCAGAGGCCUGAGUCUUGGGGGACAACCUUCCAGACCUCCAGUCCUCCACCCACAUCUUUCUCUACUAUGGGAAAACUGAGUCUCAGUUAAGAUCCAAACAUUCGGGGGCGCCUGGGUGGCUCAGUGGGUUAAAGCCUCUGCCUUUGGCUCAGGUCAUGAUCCCAGGGUCCUGGGAUCAAGCCCCGCAUCACAGGGAGCCUGAUUCCCCCUCUCUCUCUCUGCCUGCCUCUCUGCCUACUUGUGAUCUCUGUCUGUCAAAUAAAUAAAUAAAAUCUUAAAAAAAAAGAAAGAAAAGAAUACAAUGCAAACUACUUGAGGCUAUAAGGACCUUGCCUGAUUUCUCCUUCACCUGUUUGUUAUUCUUCAUCUCAAUGGGCUCUUCCUGUGUUCCAAGAAUCUCUCACACAUUCCAGAGCUUAGCUCCAUUCCUAACCCUGGAAGUGUUCUCUCUCCAGCUCCUGGUGCCAAGACGGAUUCCUCCUCAGUUCCUCAUCAGUUCAUCAGAAAGGACUUUGUUCAUCUCUUUAAAAAAAAAAAAAAAAAAAAAAAAAGAUCCAAACAUUCGGGAGGUAGAAGAAGAGAAAGUGGACCUCAGAUUAGGAAGAGCGCCCACCCCCUUCCCCAGUCCUCCCUAUGACUGCAGGGAACGCUGGUCUGGGUGAGGACUGCCGGUCAGUGAGUCCUCCAUGCCCCCUCGAUCUGUACUCCUCCCUAUCUAACAGCACCAUCACUCCCACUUCAGCUCCCUGCGUUUCAUAUGACCCGUCCUGCUCUCUUGGUUGGGUUUUGUUGGGACAGGGGAUAGGGAAGGUAUUUUUUAAAACUAACUUGAAAUGUGUGUUUUUGUUUUUAUUUUUCAAAUUUCAAUAAAGAUGCAUUGUGUUUGUAUGGAAA